AGGGCAAAACGAAGGGCCUCGUUCUCACCUGGUCCGCCUGCGCCUCUUUUACCUUUGCUUCUACUCUGUAACUUUUCCUAGCAAAAGACCUGCCAUGUCAACCUUGCCCCAGUUGAUGACUGUCGACCGACGCCACGCACCUUCCUCUCACGCCUCAUCCUUUCCCGGACCCCAUCUUUCGUCCAGCCAGCCGCUUGAAUCCUCCUUUGCGCCUCUAUUCGUCGCCUCGGAUGCGAACCAUUUUUUUAUUUUUAUUUUUUUUGGCCCCUUGAGCCUCAUCUGUGUAGUGCUUACCUCUUGACCCUACUGGGGACACCCUACUACUUCGCAGCAGAGACUCUCUCUCGGGGUUUCGUCUCGCUCUCGCCAUUCACUAUACUUC